UCCCCGGCUUCCGGUGUUGGCAUUUCCGACGGCACCUGACGUACACACCCGCCGGACUCCUCCCGCAGCAGCUGAUCCUCCUCCGGACCUGCGCCACCUCUCCUCACCGGGCAGCAGCCUCCAUCGUCCGGCCAUGGCGUCCAGGAGCUUCUUCGUGGGCGGGAACUGGAAGAUGAACGGGAGCAAGGAGAGUCUGCGAGAGCUGAUCGGCGCCCUGAACACCGCCGGCCUGCACGACCAGACCGAGGUGGUGUGUGCUGCUCCCUCCAUCUACCUGGACUUUGCCCGGUCCAGUCUGGAUCCCAGGAUCGGCGUCGCGGCCCAGAACUGUUACAAAGUGGCCAAGGGAGCGUUCACAGGGGAGAUCAGCCCGGCGAUGAUAAAGGACUGCGGAGCGGACUGGGUGGUCCUGGGACACUCCGAGCGCCGCCAUGUGUUCGGGGAAAGCGACGAGCUGAUCGGCCAGAAGGUGGCUCAUGCUCUGGAGAGCGGGCUGGGUGUGAUCGCCUGCAUCGGGGAGAAGCUGGAGGAGCGGGAGUCGGGCACCACGGAGGAAGUCGUGUACGCUCAGACGCAGGUCAUCGCAGAGAACGUGAAGGACUGGGGGAAAGUGGUGCUGGCAUACGAGCCCGUGUGGGCCAUCGGCACCGGAAAGACAGCCUCACCUGAACAGGCUCAGGAGGUCCACGAGAAGCUGAGGGCUUGGCUGAGAACCAACGUCUCGGACGACGUGGCCGACUCUGUGCGCAUCAUCUACGGAGGUUCAGUGACGGGAGCUAACUGCAGAGAGUUGGCGUCCCAGGGCGACGUGGACGGAUUCCUGGUUGGCGGAGCCUCUCUGAAACCGGAGUUUGUGGACAUCAUCAACGCACGUGCGUAACGCACACAGACAACAGCUCCAACAGGACCAAUCAAAACCCACUUUGCCCUUUAGAUCGUCGUGUGUCACCAUGUGUCUGCAGCCUGGGCCGACUGAUCCCCAGACAGACGUGUGU